UAGCGUCAAGAUUGGCACUUUAUCAACACUCUGUAAUUUAAAGGCGCCAUUUGAAGGAUUACUUUGCCAAUAUAGCCAUGCCACCGAAACGUGCCAAAAAAUCAGAGGAGCCCGCUAAGCAGGAUGAGCCGCCUGACGAGCUAGAUCCUUCGCAGCCUGUUCUCUCCAUAGAACACUGCCGAUCCUGACGAGUCUUUCGUCGGCGGGCGGAGGAGUUACACGCAGCUCUCCAGGGUCUCGGUCUCCCACAGCUUCAGCUACGCCUGAACCCAUCCGGAGCACCGCGUCGUGGAGCCUUCGAGCUGAACUUAUCCGCCGGUGGAAGCGAGGAUCAGGCGUUGCUUUGGUCAGGACUAAAGCGGGGUCCACCUCGUGCUCUCAAGUUUCCCAAUGCCGAGGAGAUGCUUAGUCGUAUUAAGGAGAUACUGGAAGGAAAAAAUAAUCAGAAGGAGGACAAGUCUAAAUCGGAUGUGAAGGAGACUUUGGAGGAGAAAAAGGAGACUUUGGAGAAGAAACCAAAACCAACACGCAAGUGCUCCACCAGAGCCUCUACAGAGGUCAAGGAAGACGACAAUGAAGCCCCUUCCAUUGGCCAGACACGUAAACGCUCCACCAGAUCCUCCACAGAAGUGAAAGAGGAGCCUCCAAAGGAUGAAGACACCGAGGCAGCUUCCACCAGCCAAAAAAGAAAGCGCUCCGCCAAAGCCUCCACUGAAGACGCCUCUGGCAAAAGCUCCAAACGUGCUAAAAAAUAGAAAUCUUCGCCAGCAAUAGAGCCUUAUGAAGUAUGAUCGGCAAAUCCUUUCCAGGAACCGACCAUAAUGAAUACAAUUGAUUGUUUGCCUUUGUCUGGAAGAAAUUUCUAUAUAAUGCUAUUCAUAAUAUAUAUAUAAAAAAAAAGUCAUUAUUGAAAAGUUUGUUAUUACAAAAUAUAUUAAAACA